GAUUCGUAAAAGCGCGCCAAACAAUGAAGUAUUUUUAACUGGACGCUCACCGUUAUAGUCCUAUUUUUGAAGCCUAAAUUCCAGCGAUUAUGGGUUGUUCUUGAUUUAAUGGAUAUGUAAGCAAAGGUAGAGUUAUCCGGAACCAGGUCUAAAUUCCUCGAAGCCUUUUGGUUCCCCUAAAAGAGCUCGAGGCCAUGAGAGUUCAUCAGUAAUGUCUUCCAAGCGACGCCGCAGCUUUCUUGAUUACGACACCGACCCAACCUCUGGUCAGACCAGUCCCCUGAGUCCCUCUAGCGCCUCGAGAAUCUUGCGCCUCCCUGGUGCCGAGGAUGUGUACAUCACCCAACCGGGGCAAUAUGACUCCCCUACCUCCGAUAGCAGCGUGCUCAUAGAACCGACAAGAGUAGAGCUGACUAUCAGGCGAGAUGGCUUAGGUUUCAAUAUCAAAGGAGGAAAAGACAAGCCCAUUAGACCGGGAGAUCCUGGGAUCUAUAUCAGCAGACUCCGGCCCGGGGCCGCCGCGGAACGUGAUGGCCGUUUGUCGCCUGGGGACAGAAUCAUCGAGAUCAACGGUACAAGUACACGGAAUGUGACCCAGACUGAGGCCCUCAACCUCUUUCGUCAGAGCGACAAAAAGAUCAACUUACUCGUCCAGAAGGAAGCUGUCACGCCUCUAGAGCUUAUGGGCGAAAGAGAUGAUGACAAAGGAACUCUUCGUAUUGAGCUUAGGAAAGACAAGUAUAAAGGUUUAGGGUUUAAUAUCCGUGGCGGUACCGACAACCCUUAUGUCCCCGGGGACCCGAGUAUCUACGUCACAAGGAUACGUAGUGACGGCGUGGCGGCGUUUGACGGAAGGCUUAGCGUCGGCGAUCGGAUACUCGAGAUUAAUGGCUACAGCGUACGAGCUACUGGUAUCGACCACGCGGUAGAGCUUCUACAGAUCGCGAAAAAGAAAGUGUCCCUCAUCGUGCUGAAAAACGCUCUUCAAAACGCCGUGAUAAAGGCUCAGGAAGGUGCUGUGGAUAGCGUCAGGGGACAAGAGCUAGCGAUCGAUCUGCGUAAAGAUCCAAGCGAAGGGCUUGGAUUCAACAUAAGGGGCGGUAACGAUGCCAACUACUUGCGUGGUCAUCCGGGGAUCUUCAUCACGUCUGUCAAGCGAGGGAGUCCCGCAGCCCGCGAGUCUCGCCUUCAGCCAGGAGACCGCAUACUCGAGAUCAAUAACGUGGACGUUAGGAACGUUCCUCAAGACGCUGCUGUGCAGAUAGUCAAGCGAGCAGGAGAUCGCGUCAGGCUCCUCAUUGAGAAGAACGCAGAGGAGCUGUAUAAGAAGUCCGAACUCUAUAACCUGAAUUACGACGAGGAAGAUAUGAGUGGAGAAAGAGGAUGUUUCUUCAGGGAUGGAAAAAGACGAAUAGAUUAUGUCCUGGUAUUCGAGGAGGGAGAAGAGAAGCCUGAUCCAGACGUAUUACAAAAGAGGAGAACAUUCACUGAUAAUCUGAAGAAGUCGCAGCUGGAAUUUGAAGAGGAAAUAACUCAAGACCAAACAAUAAAGCUGCAUUUUGUGAAGGUUCACGUCCCAUGGGAAGUCCUGUUAUUUUACGCAGAGGAGCUAAAUUUCCGAGCUCCACUCGAGUUGCGAACAGGAACUAAGGUAAACUGGACGGAACGAAUGCUAAAGAAAUUCCAUCUUCCGUGCCCCUUUAAAGACGAUGUACCGAAUACGCCUCCCGACUACUUCACAACUACCUUCAAGUCUAACAAGCUAAACAAAUUCCUUGGUAGCGAUAAUCCAGACACAUACUUCACAGACACCGAAAGAGCUAGAGUGGCCAGUGAGAUCCUUGAGACCGCUGUGUACGGUAGACGUCAGAAAGGCGAGAUUGGGAUCAGCCGAUUGGUAGAUGAGGGCACGUACAGUGCUGCCUACCCUCUACAUGUGGGCCCGGCAGAUCUUCCACCCGAGUAUCACCAGGGUCCCCACGGGCCUGAAGAGAUGAAGUUGAACAUGCGUCAGGUUCUGAAGGAAUAUUGGGCGAGAUGGGGGGCUUGGUACAAGUACCAGCCAUUGGAUCAUAUCAGAUGGUACUUUGGCGAGAAAAUAGCCAUAUACUUUGCUUGGCUUGGUCAGUACACUGCGUGGCUUAUCAUGCCAUCUGUCGUGGGUUUGAUCGUGUUCAUUUACAGCUUUGCUACAAUAAAUGGCCCUAACAAUAUGCCCGCACUUGAAAUGUGCGAUCACCCAGCCUGGACGUACCCCAUGUGUCCUAACUGUGAAGUGGGAUGCUCUGUCUGGGAUCUCAAGAAAUCUUGCAGUCGUGCUAAGCACGCGUACCUGUUCGACAACCCUAUGACCGUUGCUUACUCGAUAUUUGUUUCCUUCUGGGCUGUCCUUUUCCUGGAAUUCUGGAAAAGAAAAGAAGUAACUAUAGGACAUGCAUGGGAUGUGCUGGAAUUUGAAUCGGAAGAGGAGCGUCCUCGUCCAACGUUCGCCGCGCUCGCCCCAGCAGUAGAGCGGAACCCCAUCACGGGUCUCUUGGAGCCAUAUUUUCCUGAUGAAAAGCGCUCGCCUCGCGUGCUGUCUGGCAUUGCUAUAAUAUGUGGCAUGGUCUCUCUUGUCAUGCUGUUCAUGGUGGGAGUGAUCGUCUACAAGUUGCUUGUCAUUCAUCCCUUGUACAAAAACCCAAACCUUCAGCCAUACGCCAAUCAGUUCGCCUCUGGAACCGGAGCCGUGCUCAACCUUAUCAUCAUCAUGAUUCUUAGCAGGGUUUAUGAAAAGCUAGCCCUUCUUCUGAAUCACUGGGAGAUGCAUCGGACGCAGACAGAGUAUGAAGACAACUUGACUCUGAAGGUGUUUAUCUUCCAGUUCACAAACUUUUACUCCUCAAUCUUCUACAUCGCCUUUUUCAAGGGAAAAUUUGUUGGGUACCCUGGAAACUACGGAACUAUAUUUGGUUUACGGAAUGAGGAGUGCAGUCCGGGUGGCUGUCUCAUCGAGCUGGCGCAACAAUUAGCAGUUAUCAUGAUUGGCAAACAGGUCAUUGGCAACAUACAAGAGGUCUUUAUACCGGAAUUGAAGAAAUACUUGAAGAAUAGGAAGAGACAAAAUAGUAAAGAUGAGGACGAGAUAAAACCACGCUGGGAGGCUGACUACGAACUGCUGGAUAAUGAAGGCCUUUUCCAGGAAUAUUUGGAAAUGGUCAUCCAGUACGGUUUUAUCACACUGUUUGUGGCCGCCUUCCCGCUCGCACCGUUUUUCGCGUUGGCGAACAAUGUGUUCGAGAUCCGAAUAGAUGCCGACAAGUUCGUGAAUGACCUUCGUCGAUCUACGGCGGACCGAGCGCAAGACAUCGGUGUGUGGUUCACGAUCCUGGACUCCAUCACCAAGCUCGCAGUCAUUAGUAAUGCGUUCCUCAUAGCAUUUACUUCAGAAUUUCUCCCUAAAUUGUUGUACGCCGGUGUGGUAUCUCCGAACCAAUCUCUUGAAGGCUACUUGAACUACAGCCUAGCUUGGGCACCGCCUAACACUACAUCACAGCCCUGCAGGUACAGGGGCUUUAGGGAUGAGGAUGGAAAUUUCACGCGGUUUUUCUGGCAUCUGCUGACCAUGCGCCUAGUGUUUGUCAUUCUGUUUGAGCAUUUCGUGUUCGGCAUAUCCACGUUGAUUGACGUUGCUGUUCCCGACAUUCCCCGCGCACUUGAAGAUACCAUCAAGCGGGAGAAAUACGUGGCUACCCAGGCGCUGGCCGAACAUCACGGGCUCAUGGGGAGCAAAGAGUUCGACGAAGAUGACAUAUUGGUCGCGAUUGGUUGAUCAAUGGAAGCUUGCGACGAUAAUCAUUAACUGGAAAAUGUCUUACGAAGUGAUUUAGGAAUUUCUUUUGGGAAAACAAAGCAGGGAGGAAAAAUUAUAUCAGUAUCAGGUUAUUAUUUAGUCACAAAUUAGUCACAGAGCUAGGAGUUGCUUUACGGAUGUCCGUAGUAACAGCUUGAAUAUCCAGAAAAGAUAACCUGAGUGUUUCACGCAUUUUGCAUGGAUAUUUGCCAGUGCACGGAGAAAGUUAUAAUUAAUCAUUUAGGGACUUUAUGGGCCUGAAACAAUGAAUUCUUAAAGAGAGAAUACUAUGGAACCCCUUCACUGGGUAGGCAAAGCAUGCUGGGAGAAGCAUCGGUCUUUGUGGGCGCUUCCAAAGGGUCUGUACCGCACUCUGGUGGCGUAAAUAUAGAGACAAGAAAGAGUGAAUAAUCGGGAAUAAACGAGAAGACUUUGUAUAAGUGAUUUUUCGGCUAGGCUAUUAAUAGGUCUACAUUCCACUACAAAUAUCGGUUGAAUAAAAUAAUAAUUGAAACAA